GCCACAGCUGAAGUAAUUCAGAUGAGCAUACCGGAGCCUGUGCUCCACACCCGCCGCUGCUCCUUCUACACCCGUACAACCACGCGCAGCUGCUACUCGGUCGUCGGAGUAGGGACACGCGCGCUGGCGCGCUUGAAAGCAGAUAGUCACUCGAAUCAGCCAAUCAGGGGUGAGGGCAGGUCUAGAGCGCAGAUCGGCCGACCCCAAAGGCGAGUGUCAUGGAGGUGCUCGACGAAAUGCCUUUAAGAGGCCAAGGGUCUCAUUGGACGGUUUGGCUCCUCAAACAAGAGGACCACUACCGUACUCAAACACGGAUAUGGCAUCCUCAAACCAUCCAGGAUGACUCUUCUUCUUGGACCUCCUUCUUCAGGAAAGAGCACACUUAUGCGAGCCCUUACAGGGAAGCUUGACAAAAGCCUCAAGUUAUCUGGCAGCAUCACAUACUGUGGUCAUACUUUUUCCGAGUUCUACCCUCAGAGGACCAGUGCGUAUGUCAGUCAGUAUGAUCUCCACAAUGCAGAGAUGACUGUAAGAGAGACACUAGAUUUCUCGAGGCGGUGCUUAGGUAUCGGUGCCAGAUAUGAUAUGCUUGCGGAGCUCACUGCAAGAGAGCGUGAUGCAGGCAUAAAUCCAGAUCCUGAGAUCGACGCUUACAUGAAAGCGACUGCAGUACAAGGACAUGGGAGUAAUAUUAUAACCGAUCUCACUCUCAAGGUGCUUGGGCUUGACAUUUGCGCUGAUAACAUCGUCGGUGAUGAGAUGACCAGAGGAAUUUCUGGAGGGCAAAAGAAGCGUGUCACAACUGGGGAGAUGUUAACAGGACCUGCAAGGGCUCUGUUCAUGGAUGAAAUUUCCACUGGUUUGGAUAGCUCUAGCACAUUUCAGAUUGUAAAAUAUGUAAGGCAAUUGGUCCAUGUGAUGAAUGACACUGUGAUGAUCUCCCUCCUACAACCACCGCCAGAGACCUACAACUUGUUUGAUGACAUAAUUCUGCUAUCAGAAGGACACAUAGUGUACCAUGGGCCACGAGAGAGCAUCUUGGAAUUUUUUGAAUCCACUGGUUUCCGGUGCCCGGAGAGGAAAGGAGUUGCUGACUUCCUUCAAGAGGUCACUUCCAAGAAAGACCAACAACAAUACUGGUAUCUUGACCAGGAGCAGUAUCGUUACGUGCCAGUCCUAGAGUUUGCUGAACAUUUCAAGUCAUUCCAUGUAGGCCAGCAGAUGCUGGAGGAGCUGCAGAUUCCUUUUGAAAAAUCCAAAACCCAUCCUGCCGCGUUGACCACGUCAAAAUAUGGCCAAUCCAGCUGGGAGUCAUUCAAGGCAGUGAUGUCAAGAGAACAGCUAUUGAUGAAGCGCAACUCCUUCAUCUACAUCUUCAAGGUCAGCCAGUUGAUCAUCCUUGGGCUCAUGGCCAUGACUGUAUUCCUCAGAACAGAGAUGCCCCAUGGACAGAUUUCCGACGGUGCUAAAUUCUUUGGAGCUCUGACUUUCAGUUUAAUCACCAUUUUGUUUAAUGGGUUUGCCGAGCUACAACUAACCAUUAAAAUACUUCCUACGUUUUACAAACAAAGGGAUUUCUUGUUCUUCCCCCCAUGGACCUUUGGACUGGCAAACAUCAUCUUAAAAGUUCCUGUUUCAUUUGUGGAGGCUGGAGUAUGGGUUGUCCUUACAUACUAUGUGAUGGGCUUUGCACCUUCUGCAGGAAGGUUCUUUCGCCAGCUUUUAGCUUUCUUCGCUACUCACCAAAUGGCAAUGGCUUUGUUCCGAUUUCUUGGUGCUGUUUUGAAAUCAAUGGUUGUUGCCAACACUUUUGGGAUGUUUGUUCAACUUAUUAUUUUCAUAUUUGGAGGAUUUAUCAUCCCUAGAGGUGACAUCAGACCAUGGUGGAUCUGGGCUUACUGGGCAUCUCCUAUGAUGUAUAGUCAGAAUGCAAUAUCGGUCAAUGAAUUCCUUGCCAGUAGGUGGGCCACCCCAAACAAUGAUCCUAUGAUUGAUGCACCAACGGUAGGAAAGGCUAUUCUUAAAUCCAGAGACUUGUUUACUGGAGACUGGGGCUUUUGGCUUUCCAUAGGAGCCGUUAUAGGAUUCACUAUUUUGUUCAACAUCUUAUACCUUCUUGCCCUAACAUACUUGAGCCCUAGCAGUAGAUCAAACACACUAGUUUCAGAUGAGGAGAAUGAGAAUGGCACAAACAAAGAGCAAAUGCCAGAAGCCACCGUGUCACCUACUAUGCCAUCUUCAGUACCUAUGGUUUCUACAGGUGCUAAGGAAGCCACAAAUAGGCCAGCUCAGUCACGAACUACCUUGCCUUUCCAGCCUCUUUCACUUUCCUUCAACCAUAUAAACUAUUGGGUGGACAUGCCUGCAGAAAUGAAGGAACAAGGAUUCACAGAAAGUCGUCUCCAGUUGCUCUCUGAUAUCAGUGGUGCAUUUAGGCCAGGAGUUCUGACUGCAUUAGUUGGUGUGAGUGGAGCUGGGAAGACCACUCUAAUGGAUGUCCUGGCAGGAAGGAAAACCAGUGGAGCCAUUGAAGGAAGUAUCACCCUCUCUGGUUACCCUAAAAAACAAGAAACUUUUGCCCGCAUCAGUGGCUAUUGUGAACAGAUUGAUAUCCAUUCACCAAAUGUUACAGUAUAUGAAUCCAUUCUGUACUCUGCCUGGCUGCGUCUUUCCUCAGAUGUUGAUGAUGCUACGAGAAAGAUGUUUGUAGAGGAAGUCAUGACACUUGUAGAACUUGAUGUGCUGCGUAAUGCUAUGGUUGGUCUCCCUGGAGUUGACGGGUUAUCGACUGAACAAAGAAAGAGACUGACAAUUGCUGUGGAGCUGGUAGCAAAUCCUUCAAUUAUAUUUAUGGAUGAGCCAACUUCUGGUCUUGAUGCUAGAGCCGCAGCAAUUGUCAUGCGGACAGUGAGAAAUACAGUCAACACCGGGCGUACCGUGGUUUGCACGAUCCAUCAACCAAGCAUCGAUAUAUUUGAGUCUUUUGAUGAGCUUCUGCUUUUGAAAAGAGGAGGGCGGGUCAUUUACGCUGGUGAACUUGGUUGUCACUGUGAUAAACUAGUUGAAUAUUUCGAGGAAAUUCCAGGUGUGGCUAAGAUCACAAAAGAAUAUAAUCCUGCAACAUGGAUGCUGGAAGUUAGCUCCACUUUAGCUGAGGCUCACUUGAAUAUUAAUUUUGCGGAAAUUUAUGCUAACUCCGCUCUUCAUAGGAAAAACCAAGACCUUAUUAUGGAAUUGAGCGUUCCCCCUCCAGGCUAUCAGGAUCUCUCAUUUCCUGCAAAGUAUUCUCAAAAUUUCUACAACCAAUGUGUUGCAAACUUCUGGAAGCAAUACAAAUCUUAUUGGAAGAAUCCACCCUACAAUGCCAUGCGCUAUCUUAUGACGUUGCUUGAUGGUCUUGUAUUUGGCACUGUGUUUUGGCAAAAAGGAACAAAAAUAGAAUCGCAACAAGACUUGUACAAUCUACUUGGGGCCACUUAUGCUGCUGUCUUCUUCCUUGGUGCUACCAAUUGCUUCACCGUUCAGCCUGUUGUGUCAAUUGAGAGAACAGUUUUCUACCGUGAAAAGGCGGCAGGAAUGUACUCUCCAUUAUCCUAUGCAUUAGCUCAGGCAUGCAUGGAGGUCAUCUACAACAUCCUCCAAGGGAUGUUAUACACAAUCCUCAUCUAUGUGAUGAUUGGAUAUGACUGGAAAGUUGACAAGUUCUUCUAUUUCAUGUUCUUCAUUAUUGCAAGCUUCAACUACUUCACAUUGUUCGGCAUGAUGUUGGUGUCAUUGACUCCGUCUGCGAUGCUUGCAAGCAUACUCGUAUCCUUUGUGCUCCCUCUCUGGAACCUGUUUGCCGGGUUCCUCGUUGUCAGAACGGCGAUACCGAUUUGGUGGAGGUGGUACUACUGGGCCAACCCAGUAUCUUGGACCAUCUAUGGUGUUGUUGCAUCGCAGUUUGGUGACCAUGGUGGUUCUCUUCUAGUACCCGGUGGGAACCCUGUAGUGGUGAAGCAAUUUUUGGAGGAUAAUUUGGGUGUGCGGCAUGAUUUCCUUGGCUACGUUGUCCUAGCUCACUUUGCCUACAUCAUUGUCAUCUUCUUCGUCUUUGGCUAUUCCAUCAAGUUCUUAAACUUCCAAAAACGUUAGGCAAUGUGUGCCGCAAUGAAGUGAUGUGUAUAUAUGUAGUACAAACAGUAGGAUCCAAAGACACUACAUAAGCUUUGUUGUUAUAUAACUGAAAGUUGGUAGUGAUAUACCUGCUUCUAUUAUUAAUAUUAAAUAAAUAUAGAAAAGCUAUUUUGGGUCCCUCA